AUGGCGGAGGCGGUCGCAGUUAUGCGCGCGAAGAAGAAGGCGGCGGCGAAUGGCGAAAGGGAAGGGCCGGUGCUAACGCGGUCGGAGAGUUUGUUGGACGAGAAGUUCGACGCGUAUGAGGCGGCCAACUACCGCAUGUGGGCUCGAUCCAAGUCCGACGCUUUUUCCAGGCGGUCAAGCACGAGCGCCGACGAGAGCUGCUCGGAUGGCGCGGAUGGCGCGGAUGGCGCGGAUAGCGAGGAUGGCGCGGAGGGCGGAGAGGGGAAGGCGACCGCCGGGGGGGGUCCGCUGAAGCGCAGCUUGACGGAGGAUACGACGGGGAAGACCAUGGCGCGCGGCGCGCUUGACGGCUUGGCGCGCUCGGCCAGCGAUGUCACCCUGCAGGACGCGGAGAUGGACGAGAUGGACAGAGAGGUGCUGCAAGAGGCGUUCGUGCGCGUGGUGGCGCUGCAGCAGCGCGUGCAGCACUACCGCGACCUGGGCGGGUUCGUGGUGCUCAUGGCGCUCUUCAUCACCAUCCUCUACCUCCAGGCCGACUCCUCCCGCAGCUACGAAAUUACCUCCGCGCAUGCCGUGCUCUUUCCCCCCGACGCCUCCAACACCUUCAACGGUCCGGAUGACUUCUACAGCUGGCUCAACACCAGCAUCGUGCAGGUGCGCUCCUCUGCCGCUCGUCUCUGCAUAAUCGCUCCUCCUGCACCUGCCGUGUGUUGGCCCCUGCUCCGCACAUCCAAACCUGCCCCACCGGCCCGCCUACCCAUGCCCAUGCCGCAUCACACCUCUCUCUUGCCCGCAUCACGGCCCGCACGCACGCGCACAGCUCGUCCCCUCGUCUCUCCCACCUCACUGCCCCUCCCCCUCUUCCUGCCUCAUCUGCAGACGCUGUGGGCGGACCCCACAUGUGGCGACGGCUCGUGCGACCGGCCAUUCCAGUUCCCCGCUUUUGGCCGCUUUGGCUGCGAGGCAGACUGCGGCACGUUCCCCAACCUCACCUCCGUGAUCAUCAGAUUCUCCUCGCACCUUGACACCCAACAGGCUGCGGACGAAUCUUCCUGGAACCUCUGCAUGGUCGACCCAGUCUCCCUCUGCUGGUACGAGGCAUUCCAGCCAUUUCCGCGUGGCGAGUCAGAAGUGUCAGUGGCGGUGGACAUUCCGGACGGCGACUGGGUGGUGGUGCUCAUCGCGCCCGCGGGGGGCAUCCGCGGCACCGUGCACGCGCCCCCUCCCGGCACGCGCCGCCUCUCCGUCGUCGGCGCCGCCUCCACCAUUGAGCUCGCCGCGUGGGGGUCCUGCUCUCUCGACGAUGGCCUUGCGUCCACCAAUCAGACGCAGCCAGGUGGCAGUGCUGCCGGUGCUUCGCCCGACAUCUGUCGUGAUACGUGUGCAAGGCUGGUGGUCUGCCUGCCAGCAACCUGUGGGCGAGCAUUCACGGAGAGGGAGGUGGCAGGGGCGUUCGUGGACUGUGCGCGCAUGUGCAUCGUUGCACCUUCUUCCAUCACCUCCUAUGCGAAUGCUUCCUGCCCCACGCCGGAUAUCGCAUCAUUGUUUGCCAACACCCCCUGCAACGUUUCAGAUGCGCUCCUUUCACUGAGUGUGGCAGUCUGUCCACUUGAUAUGUCCUUGGCUCUCCCUGCCUCUGCGUGCCGCUCCCUGCCUCUGCGUGCCGCUCCCUGCCUCUGCGUGCCGCUCCCUGCCUCUGCGUGCCGCUCCCUGCCUCUGCGUGCCGCUCCCUGCCUCUGCGUGCCGCUCCCUGCCUCUGCGUGCCGCUCCCUGCCUCUGCGUGCCGCUCCCUGCCUCUGCGUGCCGCUCCCUGCCUCUGCGUGCCGCUCCCUGCCUCUGCGUGCCGCUCCCUGCCUCUGCGUGCCGCUCCCUGCCUCUGCGUGCCGCUCCCUGCCUCUGCGUGCCGCUCCCUGCCUCUGCGUGCCGCUCCCUGCCUCUGCGUGCCGCUCCCUGCCUCUGCGUGCCGCUCCCUGCCUCUGCGUGCCGCUCCCUGCCUCUGCGUGCCGCUCCCUGCCUCUGCGUGCCGCUCCCUGCCUCUGCGUGCCGCUCCCUGCCUCUGCGUGCCGCUCCCUGCCUCUGCGUGCCGCUCCCUGCCUCUGCGUGCCGCUCCCUGCCUCUGCGUGCCGCUCCCUGCCUCUGCGUGCCGCUCCCUGCCUCUGCGUGCCUCUCCCUGCCUCUGCGUGCCGCUCCCUGCCUCUGCGUGUCGCUCCCUGCCUCUGCGUGCCGCUCCCUGCCUCUGCGUGCCGCUCCCUGCCUCUGCGUGCCGCUCCCUGCCUCUGCGUGCCGCUCCCUGCCUCUGCGUGCCGCUCCCUGCCUCUGCGUGCCUCUCCCUGCCUCUGCGUGCCGCUCCCUGCCUCUGCGUGCCGCUCCCUGCCUCUGCGUGCCGCUCCCUGCCUCUGCGUGCCGCUCCCUGCCUCUGCGUGCCGCUCCCUGCCUCUGCGUGCCGCUCCCUGCCUCUGCGUGUCGCUCCCUGCCUCUGCUGAUACGUUUCGUGACACUGAGUGCCUCACCCCUCCCCUCCUUGCACGCCGCAACCCCCCUCACUACAUCCCUCUGUUUGCGUCCCAUCCCAGGCUCAGACCCAGCCGAUCAUAUAUCUGGUGGCAACCGUCGCAAGCGCUGCAGGUGGCGGUGUCGCGAGCCCUCUUCACAGUGACCAAGGAUCAGUGCCUUGCAGGCCACGGGCCGGGAGCGAACAGGAAGCACUCACAGGGAGGCCCGGGCAGCCUGCGGUGGAACAUGGUGGCGUGCUUUUGCACCAUGCUGGGUGGACCUGUGACGACGCUGGAUGAGUGCCGCCUCACGGAUACAGCAGGGCGGCAAGUGUUGUCUAUUUCGGACAUGUAUGUGUACCUGCGCAGCACGCAUGUGAGGGGCGGGCGCGUGAUCUCAGCGCAGCACAUGCGGCGCUUCGUGCAGACGGUGGCGGCGGCGCUGCGGUCCGUGACACUCAUUUCAGAUGCGGCGGCGGCGCGUCUCAACACGCUCAUGCACUCCUUUGAUGAUGCCAUCGCCACCUCCGACGCUGUCGGCUGCUCUCAAGGCGGUGCGUGGUUGCCGUGGCGGGCGGGUGUGAAGCACAACACGACCAUCCAUGUGGGCGACAAGGUCACCUGGGUGUGGGAUGACGACCUCCCACACUCCCUCAAAGUGGCAGCGAUGGGUGAGGCAGAGGACCCACUGUUUCUGGGCUUUGGAGGGAACCGUCUGGUCGUGUCGCGCCUGCUGACAUGCACGCACAUGAACGUGGGCGCGGGGGACACCGUUGAAGAACCGCAGCCAUGCGUGUUGAGUGAGUGGGGGUGUGCUCACUGCUCAUCAUCCUCUCACACCAGUCAUCCUCUCACACCAGUCAUCCUCUCACACCAGUCAUCCUCUCACACCAGUCAUCCUCUCACACCAGUCAUCCUCUCACACCAGUCAUCCUCUCACACCAGUCAUCCUCUCACACCAGUCAUCCUCUCACACCAGUCAUCCUCUCACACCAGUCAUCCUCUCACUGUGCUCCACUCCUUCCUGCUCCUCCCGCAAUCCCUCCAACCAGGGAUGGACGACGAGUCCCCCGGCUCCUUUGCAUACAGCAAGGUGUUUUACGAGCCCCUUACGAUCCACUACGAGGACGGCACUCUCUCGCUCGACGACUCCUCUUCCUCCUCUGAUGUGUCGCUUCUCACUGUGCUGCCUGCACGAGCAGGAGCUGAGGUUGCUGCGUGUUGUCUAUCCACGGCGGUGGGAGCCAAUCUCAACUUCCCCUUCUCACUGCAGCGCUACGGCCCCAACUACACAGAGAGCAACCAUGCCUUCGCGGCUGAGAGGGGCAUUGCUGUCAACCGCUACGUGUCUCGCCACAAUCGUUUGCUGAUCGGCAUGGUGCUGCAGCAGGAUCGGUGGGGCACGCAGCACUGCAACGGAUCGGGGCUGUUGCACCUGGCGGGGUGGUGCAGCAACGGCACGUCCUUGGAACCGUUCGGAGUGAACCCGCACUUCCUGCCCACGUCGGCCAUCUACGACAGCGCUGCCAGCGCCAACAUGAGCCAGCUCGACAACAACACAUUUGGCGUCAAACUGAAGUUCAACCCGCAGGGCCUCCCGUACGGCUUCAUCUACCCCAUGGCAUCACUCACAACCCUCCCGCUGGUGUUUGACAUCAAUCUCGACUACGAGGCGGCCAUGCGUCGGCUGCACUACCUGGUGGAUGGAAGCUACAUCGACAAUGGCACUCGCACUGUCGACGUCAGCUUCAUUACUUUCAACGGCGACUCGCUCACGUUCGUGCUGACCACUGUGACCUGCAAGGUGAACGCGGGGGGCGCCAUGGACGUGAGCUUCAAGUCACAGCCGGCAGCCAUGGCGAUGUACGAUGCAUCGGCGGACAACAUCGCACGGCUGGUGCUGGAGAUGGUGUAUCUGGUGGGGCUGCUCUGGAAUGUGUGUGGCGAGCUGCAGGAGAUGGCCGACCGCGCCGCCACGGAUGGCUAUGUAUUCAGCUACUUUGGCUGUUUCUGGAAUUGGGUGGACAUGCUCUCCCUCACGCUGCAAGUGACUGCUGUUGUUAUCUGGGUGGUGCUGUGGCGGUACGUGGAGGCAUUUGACAUGCAGCCACGCUACGACAUCUACUACACGCUGCUCGAGAUGCCACGCUACUGGGCCGUGCCCAACCCGCCCACGGGCUUCAUCAGCGCCGCUCAGGCCUUCGCUGAUCUGCGCAACAUCAUCAACCUCCGCGCCGUCUACUUCGCCCUCCAGGGCAUCAAUCUCUUUUUCAUGAUGACACGCCUCCUCAAGGUGAUGGACUUCCAGCCUUACCUUGGGGUCAUCACGCGCUCCCUCAGUGUCGCCACGCCCUCCCUGCUGCACUUCUUCCUGCUCUCCUUUACGGUCUUCUUCUGCUUCAGCAUGUACGGCUACCUCGUCUUUGGAGGCGCACUCGAGAUGUUCUCUUCAGUCCUGGAGUCCAUGUUCUCCUGCUUCCUGCUGCUCCUCAACGACAACUCCUCCGCCUACUUCUUCCAACGCCUGGAGUCAUGGGACCUCAUAGCCGCAAUGCUCUUCUUCUUCAUGUUCAUUGUCUUCAUGGUCUUCAUCCUCCUCAACUUCCUCAUCGCCAUCAUCGUCGAUGCUUUUAUGAACGUCAAAGAUAGCAACAUCGUCGCCACCUCUAUAACCUCUGACCUCGCUCACAUCUUCAAGUACAAGUGGAACUGCUGGCGCGGCCGCUACCUGCCGUACCGCGUCAUUCUCGAACGCCUUGUGAAGUUGGGCGCCAAGGACACCCGAGUGGAAGAGUCAAAUCGUCGGAUGCGCCGUAUGCAGUCGAUGAAGCGGCGUACGCGAGCCAUCUUCUCCGGCAGCUGCGGGAAAACCCAGUCUGCCUUUUCUACUGACAGCGAGUCUUGGGUGCGGAAGCAGCAUGUGCUGACAGUGAGGGAGAAGCGCAUCGACGCCAUCUCGCUCGCCAUGAUCCUGCAGCGACGGCAGGACAGGGAGCGACAUGAGCCCCAUGAGCAUGAGCUGCUGCCCACUUGUUGGCCAAAGGCAGCCUCGCGUGAAACUGCGGAGGAGGAGCAGCUGGAGCAGCUGUCGCAGGCGGUGAUGCUGCAGUGCGGCGAGGUGGUGAAGCAGUCCGCCCUGCCCGUCAAGAAGCCCGUUCAGAAGCUCAGCCUCGCGCACAUCAAGGAGGAUCUGGCGCGCAGCGAGGCGGCGGUGAAGGAGCUGAGGGGCAUGCUGGCCCUCGUGCUCGACCACCUCGCCCGCACGCAUCCUCUGGAAGACGCCGCCCACGCAAUGGGUGCUCCCGCGGAUCCAUCAGCGGGUUCAAGCAUGCGGCGAUGCCAUACAGAGCCCGCGCCUCUCUCUGACCUCCUCACAGACUCCCCGCAGCCACUGGAGCCAGCGGGAAGCAGGAGCGAGGUGCCACGAAGGUUCAGCGAUACCGGGGCAGGUGGGGGGGGAGUGGAGGGACAGGAGAGACAUGGGAACGUACGAGGCAGCUUGAGCAUUGCACGAGGGAGCGCAAGCAGAAGCUUGUUGGCAUCAAAGCAAGGCUCGGAGAGGCGGGUGUCGUUUAAAGAGGGCACAGCGUUGAGUAGGAAGGGCCCUUUGAGGACAGGGGAGGAGUGGCAGCAGCAGCUCCCUCCCAGUAACCAAUACCGUUCUAGCGAUUUUGAUUCUGGCGCUUUUGGACCACCAGCACACUUGGGUCACCGGCAAAAUUCUUCUUAG